AUGGAAAAAAUUCCGCUAGAGCUUGCAACUCUCUCUCCAGAGCUGCUGCUCGAGAUUGCAGACCAAACGGACACCCAACGUGACCUCAACAAUCUCGCCCAAACAUGCCAUCGGCUCUAUGAUCUGUUAAACCACUAUCUGUACCGCCGUGACAUUAAAAUGAAGUGGAAAAAGGCCCCAGCGAUCUCGUGGGGAAUCAAAAAUGGCAGCCCUACUACUGUCGAAAUGGCUCUUGACGCCGGAGCGGAUGUUCAUGGGCAAAACAAACACGGCGAAACCUUACUCGAGGAGUUAUUCCUGUCCUUGAGGCCCUCCUUCUCCAAUUUGGAGCAAAGAUAUUGCAUCUCGAAUGCCGUUGAUAUCUUGGCUUUGCUGUUCGAUGCUGGAUUUGACGUAAACGCCGAGUAUGCCAAAUCCAUGACGCCUUUGAAAGCCGCCAUUAAAAGCGGCUGCGACUCUUUGGUUCGCCUUGUUGUGGAGAAAGGUGCCGACGUGGUUUGCUUGAAUGAUGAGCCGGAGUGGACUCUGAACUGCGUCUAUGGAACCCUAGAUGUUCCCACCAUCGCCUUCCUUAUCAAAGAGGGAAUUAAAUUGACUCUGAUCGGAAAGGAUGGAGAGUCUGUGCUUCACAGAGCGGCGAGGCGCCAUCGGCCUCUGACUUGCCAGUUCCUCAUCGACAGCGGCAUUGCAGUCGAAAUUAGGUCUCCAUCGGAGCAAACGCCGCUCAUUUACAUGCACAGCUCCAUCUAUCGCGGCGAAUCUCAGACCCGGUACGAAAACACCGUGCUGACAUUGAUCGACAAUGGUGCAAACAUCAACGCCAUCGAUGUAAGCGGAGCCACAGCCUUUCACCAUGCGUGUGCCAAUUGUCCAGCGAAAUCCAUCGAAUUUCUCCUCGGCCACGGCCUUAACAGAAGAAUUCCUGAUAACAACGGCAGGUCGGGAUUGAUCUGGGCCAUCAAGCGACACAGGCAUCGAUCCAUGCCGUAUUUGCUAGACAUCGGCAUGAACGUCAACGCCCGCGACGACGACGGAGCUCCGGCCUUGCAUUUCGCAGUGACCGCGCGGUCAGCCAGCAUCGCCACCAAGAUCAUCGCCGCCGGCGCCGACCUCGACGCCCAGGACAUGGAUGGCAAUACCGCUUUGCACAUGACAGAAGACGACCGCGUUGCCGCCGUUCUGGUCAAGCAUGGUGCAAAUGUGACGAUCCGCAACGAUGCCGGGUUGACCGCUCUCGACUUCGCGCGCAGUGCUCGCAAGUCCUCCCACUUGAUCCGCUUUCUUGCCAAGAAUGAUCCGGAGUAUCUGAAGCUCAGAGCUCUGGCCUUGACUGGGUUUUUUAACCCCUAA